UCAAAAACCGCGUCUACACUCUUCCAUUAUUGUUCUCGCUUUUACACCACGAGAAUCACCUGAUCCACAAAGCUCCUUUUCCUCCCUCGCUGUUUCUUCAAGAUUGUAUAAAAAUGACUGCGAAUUCGAUCCAAGAAACUCAAGAUCGAGUCUCUGAUUUUGAAAUUCAACAGAAAUCAAAAGAUUUCCUGUUGCCGAAUAUUGCGAUGGAAUCCGAUGAUCUCGCCGGAAAGAUGGGAGUGAAGGUGUUUACAGAGUCGGAGAUGGACAGAGAAAGUGGAGGGUCGUCGGAGGAUGUGGAGGAUUCGCCAAAAUCGGUUGGAAAAUGGAGGAACAUGGAGAAGUUAGGGUUUGUGCAUAGCCAAGUUUUGAAGAUUAGAGAGGAAGAUUCACAUCUCGGUGAAGAUUUUGUUGAAGGAUUGAGCGCUAAAGAUAAGGUUAUCAAUGGAGGUUUUGGCCAGAAUAUUCAGUUUCGACGCGUAGCUUCAGCGGUUGAUGUCGUGUUCUUUACGAGACCGGUCUUACCUUGCUCUCCUCUCGGUGGAAAAACCGCCGUCGAGGCCUCGCCGUAAUAAACUACUCCAGUCCAUCAAAGGAGCAACAGCAGUAGAUGAUGAAUUGAUGGUGACGAAAGCGAACGAGAAAGAAAAAAAUGAAUCCAAGUGUUGGGUUACUGUUUUUAUGUUGUCCUGGUUAAGGUUGUGCUCGUUUUAUAGAAGGAUAGGUUUAGGAAAAGGGUGAAUAGCGGCGAGAGCUGAGUUUUAAGGGGGAGAAUUUUGCUCAUAACCAUCUUCUGUACAGUGAAUGAAUUAAUAUAAUACAUCAGCUCGUGUGAAGAAUUCUCGAAUCUUCUCUUUCUA